AUGAGCCAGGACAGCAAAGUGAAGACAACAGAGUCCACACCCCCAGCCCCAGCCAAAGCCAGGAAGUGGCUGCCUGUCCUAGACCCAUCUGGGGACUAUUACUACUGGUGGCUGAACACGAUGGUCUUCCCAAUCAUGUAUAAUCUCAUCAUCGUUGUAUGCAGGGCCUGCUUUCCUGACUUGCAGCACAGUUACUUGGUGGCCUGGUUCGUGCUGGACUACACCAGUGACCUUCUGUACCUACUGGAUAUCGGGGUACGCUUCCACACAGGAUUCCUAGAGCAGGGCAUCCUGGUGGUAGACAAAGGUAUGAUCGCCAGUCGCUAUGUCCGCACCUGGAGCUUCCUGUUGGACCUGGCCUCCCUGGUCCCCACAGAUGCGGCUUACGUGCAGCUGGGCCCCCACAUCCCUACACUCCGGCUAAACCGCUUUCUCCGAGUGCCCCGCCUCUUCGAGGCUUUCGACCGUACAGAGACCCGCACAGCUUACCCAAAUGCCUUCCGCAUAGCCAAGCUGAUGCUCUACAUUUUUGUCGUCAUCCACUGGAACAGCUGCUUAUACUUUGCUCUGUCAAGGUACCUGGGCUUCGGACGGGAUGCAUGGGUGUACCCAGACCCCGCGCAGCCUGGCUUUGAGCGCUUGCGGCGCCAGUAUCUCUACAGCUUCUACUUCUCCACUCUGAUCCUGACCACUGUGGGUGACACGCCACUGCCAGCCCGAGAAGAAGAGUACCUCUUCAUGGUGGGUGACUUCCUGCUGGCCGUCAUGGGUUUCGCCACCAUCAUGGGUAGCAUGAGCUCUGUCAUUUAUAACAUGAACACUGCAGAUGCGGCCUUCUACCCAGACCACGCUCUGGUAAAGAAGUACAUGAAGCUGCAGCAUGUCAAUCGGAGGCUGGAGCGGCGAGUUAUCGACUGGUACCAGCAUCUGCAGAUCAACAAGAAGAUGACCAAUGAGGUAGCCAUCUUGCAGCACUUGCCUGAGCGGCUGCGGGCAGAGGUUGCUGUGUCCGUACACCUGUCUACCCUGAGCCGAGUACAAAUCUUCCAGAACUGUGAAGCCAGCUUGCUGGAAGAGCUGGUGCUGAAGCUACAGCCCCAGACCUACUCACCAGGCGAAUAUGUAUGCCGAAAAGGGGACAUUGGCAGAGAGAUGUACAUCAUCCGUGAGGGCCAGCUGGCUGUGGUGGCAGAUGAUGGUGUCACACAGUAUGCUGUGCUUGGUGCAGGGCUCUACUUUGGGGAGAUCAGUAUCAUCAAUAUCAAAGGGAACAUGUCUGGAAACCGACGAACAGCCAACAUCAAGAGCCUAGGUUAUUCAGACCUGUUCUGCCUCAGCAAGGAAGAUCUUCGGGAGGUGCUGAGUGAGUACCCACAGGCCCAGGCGGUCAUGGAGGAGAAGGGCCGUGAAAUCUUGCUCAAAAUGAAUAAGUUGGAUGUGAAUGCUGAGGCAGCUGAGAUCGCCCUCCAGGAGGCCACAGAGUCUCGACUGAAAGGCCUCGACCAGCAGCUUGAUGAUCUACAGACCAAGUUUGCUCGCCUCCUGGCUGAGCUGGAGUCCAGCGCACUGAAGAUAGCUUACCGCAUCGAAAGGCUGGAGUGGCAGACUCGAGAGUGGCCGAUGCCAGAGGACAUGGGUGAGGCUGAUGAUGAGGCUGAGCCUGGAGAAGGAACGUCUAAGGAUGGAGAGGGAAAGGCUGGCCAGGAGGGACCCUCGGGCAUAUAA